UCAGCCACCGAGGGUUCUGGACUCCCAGCUCCCGUGAGCUGGGUCUCUGAGCUGCUUCACUGGAAGAGGGAUCUGCUUGUUUGGCUGUUUGGUUUGAUUUGGGGUUCUCUGAAUGCAGAAGAGAAGGAACGUACAGACUUCUACCUCCUUUCUGGGCAAUCCUACACUCUCCAUCCAUUUCACCGGACAUGAACACACUCAUUUGAGACUCUACUGUGUGGAGGGCUGAAAGACAAUGAAGAGGCCAAUUGGAGGGACAGGCCCCCCCCAGUAGCUAGUGGGCAUAUACAAACACCAGGACCUGGUACCUGCAGAGGUGCUAGGAGGGUCUGCUGACCAAGGUCAUAAGGCCAGUGGCUAAGGAAGCCAUGCAUAUCAUUCUAAGAAGACAUCUUUUGUCCUCUAAGACAAUAGGGAGCCAGUGAGGGCAGUAUGCUGACCCCAAAGGGCUGACUAUAUGGACUCAUCAUUAACUUCUGUUGACUGAUGAGGGUGACUGUGAUGUGACUGACCAUGGCCCAGUGAUGCCAUCUCUCUCUGCCCCCCUCAGCUCCUAGGAGAGCUGAGGUCAAACCAUACUUCAUUAAACCUCACAGCAUGCUUUGGCUGCUCUGAGCACUGACCUUGCUGGCUUCCUGCAGGGACAGAUCUGGUUUUCCGUUUUAGCAUAGGGGUGGUGGCUGGAACAUCUGGAAUGUAUUAGAGGUAAGGCCAGGGUGGAGCGCAACCCUGCCUGGUACCUCCUUCACACAGAACCUCCCCAAAUCAGAGGUGAUAACCUCCCAUUCUCUGUCUCCUCUCAGACCUCUCAUCAGCCCGGUCCACCCCAGAUGCCUGGCAUUUGAAGACAGCCAUCGCUUGAGCGUCUGCUGCUGCUGAUUUUUUACUGUGGCUUAGGAGAGUUUCUUCGGUGCGAGGAAGGAGUGUCUGUUGCUACUACUGUUUUGUUUUUUGUUUUUUUUUUUAAUUUAUUUUUCUCUCUUUGAGCUGGGUCUUGCCCCUUUCUGCGGCCAUGAUGGCCCAGUCCAAGGCCAACGGCUCACACUACGCACUGACGGCCAUCGGCCUGGGGAUGCUGGUCCUCGGGGUGAUCAUGGCCAUGUGGAACCUAGUCCCUGGUUUCAGCGCUGCAGAGAAGCCAACAGCUCAGGGCAACAAGACAGAGGGAGGUGGUGGCAUCCUCAAGAGCAAGACUUUCUCAGUGGCGUAUGUGCUGGUCGGCGCUGGCGUGAUGCUGCUGCUGCUGUCCAUCUGUCUGAGCAUCCGGGACAAGAGGAAGCUUCGGCAGAAUGAGGAACUGGCCCGCAUCCAACAGCAGGCUGGAGCUGUGCCUCCCACGCAGGAGGAAGACAGGUGAGACACGCCCGACUGCUCCCCCCAGCCCCGGGCAGGGACACACGCACACAGACUCACUGAGAAAGAACUUUGUUCUACAAGUCUGUAUUUCCCCUCUCUUCCAGGAAGGUGCCUCCUACCAUCUUACAAAUACCUUUGUGCUUACUAGAUGCAGGCUUCCCAAAUCCUGUGGCUUAGGUGGAUUAUAAGGUGUCCCACAGAAACUGGUGGGGUCAGUGAGGACCAGGGCUCUAGGUUGCUUGUUUCUCUCUCUGCCCCAGGCGCUUUACGUGAUUUGAAAAGGACAAGGCACAAUGUCUCACGUGACCCACAAUAUCACGAGUGUAUUUAAGAGAUAGAUGAUAGAUGGGGCAAUAUGUGAUGAAAGUUGGCAUCUCUCCGAAGAUCCGUUUCUGUGGCUGUGAUUAAAAGCACUCUGAGGAAAGCAGCUUAUGGGGAGAAAGGACUUACUUAGUUCACAAUUCCAGGUCACUGUCCAUCAUUUAGGGG